AUGUCCGAGUCGGAGACGAAGAGUCCUCGGACAGCCAAGGAGAAACGUAAGAAACAAUCCUCCGCUACCGUUGCAGUCGUCAAUACCCCGAACGGAGAGCCCCCGGCCUAUUCAGGCGAACAGCACUCGUUCGGCAGAAAUGCUGAUGGUAGCGCCGACAAAGUUCAACGUCGGUCGUUAAUCCAGCACAACCGGGAAGAAGAGAACAAUACGAAGCCUCAGGACAACAAGGAGUUCGAGUUUGUGUCACCCAGAGCCAACGCCAAGACAGGGCCUCGCUACGAUGCCAUUGCAGUGCUAGUCGUUAUGUCCUUCAAGGUGCUUGUAGCCCCGAUCAUUCUGGUGGCGAUCUGCGUCAACUCGCCAUACCUGCAGUCACCGUAUGUCUUCCGUGCAGCCAGUGAGAGUUUUCUGGGCUACGAAAAGCUGAACCCCGACGUCACCUACGAUUGUCCUGACUGCGGCGUUACGUGCAAGCGAUCGGUGCUGCAGCUAGCCCAAUUCAAACAAGACCCCAUGAUGGGGAAGCCUGCCUACGGCAGCUUGCGCACCAACACUUUCGAAGACUACAACGAAACGUUGAGCGCUGCCGCUUUGGCUUUGAUUGAUGAACUGGAAAGCGCAAACGCAGUUUGCGGCGACGGAACUUCUGACUGGGACGACUCGCUCACGUUCAUAUCGGCUGAACCAAAGCUGAUCGUGAAGGCAGUUAGCGUGCUUAAGCUACCGGUGUCUAAUGAUAUGGUUGCAGAGGUUACUGCUGCUGUUACGAGCUCAUGCAACUCGCGCUGGACGAUUGAAGCUCGGUUGAAGACCUUCAUGUUCCAGCCCAUUCCGCACAUCAAUGAGUUCUCGUCCAUUUUGGCAGCAGACCUGACCAUUUUCCCGGAAUCAAUGGCUUGCCGCAAUGAGGUUGCAUUUGAUACCGACACGGCGCUAACACGCGCGUUCGUGUCCGAGGGUUUGGAUCAAACAAGAAAUGCGCCGACAACAUUGCGGUUGUUCCCAUACAACUUUCCCUGUGUCAUCAAUACGGUCAGUCGGACGGUAGCACCGGUUGGGGACGCCGAAUCGACCGAUGUCAUCGUUCAGCCGAUGCUGCGUGGAUACUAUGGUGGCUGCUUCGUUCAUCUAGUCAAUACAUCCGGCAUCUACAUCGGCGAAAACUGUGCGAUCAGCUCACUCUGGAUCGACUACGGUUUGAUGCUUCAAGCUCCGGAUGAUAUCCCGUUAUGCAGUACUGAAGGCGUCUGCGUGCACAACUACUACAACUCGCAGUGGGAAUGGGCCUCGACCAAAGACGGAGCCAAUAUCGUUAUGAAUCACAACACAAUUCGGUCCCGGUACGCUGACAAGGUUGAGAUGAGUAUCUUGCCUGGCAUUGUGAUCAUGCAGAUCCUGCUGAUGAGUAUGCUGAGUAUGUACCAAGUCAUGAGCCAGAAGCAGUCUGUGCUUCUGAGCCAGAUUUGGGCGUAUCGUUGCCAGAAUGGCCGCAUGCAAGCCAUGUAUCUGCUUCAGAUUGCGUAUCACUUGUACCGUGAGUCCGAUACGUACUAUCUGGCGCUCGGAACAGGCACGAUGUCGGUGGAAUGUGUGUGGAACCUCACCUUCUGUGUGAUGGCCUUCUCGUACAGUUUUGUGAACAUCGUAAAAAGCCGCACGGGCGAACAGCAGCUGGAUCGCCACUUCCGCCUUUCGUGGGAAAUGGUGCUUCUCAUCGUCACAGCUAUCGUGGCGAACAUGCUCAUUUCGAUCCGCUACACCAGUCUCAGCUAUAUCUUUGAAAUCAACUCGAAAACGCUGCUCCGGUCUACCCCAGAGGGUGCGGAAGUCUGCAAGCUCACGGACUCGUGUGUUGUUUUCAGCAUUAAUAUUGCUUUCGUGAUUGCAUCGUUUGCUAUGUUGGUUUGGGGAGCGACUGCUUCAGUUGCUUACGUGUUGAGGACACGCCACAAUCCCCACCCAUUAGAAGAUUUAAAGUCAUGGUUCAUCUCUUGGAAGGUUGCUUUUCAAGUCACACUUCGACCCCCACCCAAGGGCAAACCAAAGGCACUCUCCCAUGGAGCUUCGAUCGUGAAUCUGGCCGAUGCUACAUCGUUCGAAUGCUAUUGCAUCGGCGAGCACUUUCGAUUCAUGUUCAACGACUGCGAGGACAUUUCCCAUGUGAAGAAGAACAACUUUCGAGUCCCGACAGCCGAGGCUGUGCUGUUGUCUGGAUUUGUGUACCGUGGCAAGUAUCUUUACCGUGCCGACGACAUCAUUCUGCUUCUCUUCACCCGCUUCGCACCAAACUUUAUCUUGAGGACUUUCAAUGUGCUGAUUGUUCGCUGGGACGUGAAUCCGACGACGUAUGCUGUUUCCCGUCCUACAGUCUGCUUGUGGACUGAAGUAGGCACAGACUGGAGAAACAAGACUAAACCAUUCCCAUCGGCGUAGAGCUAUUAGGCAGGAACGUCAACCCAGACUAUUAUCGCGAAUAAAUAACUUUCAUUGC